AUUACUCUUCUAAAAUUGAUUGUUUGCACUUGCGAAGUUGCACCGUGAAAGCGGAAGCGACAUUUCUAUUCACGGAUAUGGAGAAAUAGGGGCGCCCGGCCCCACACAUUUUGGUCUGCGACCAGCCCAUCAGAGAAUCAGAAGUGGAGACGAAUGCAUCCUUUCUAGAAAGCAGCAGCAAACUCGGCUCUUCUUUCUUUGCAGCUUGCAGUUAAAAACUGAGCUGGGAGAAACUUUGUGCCUCCUGGAAAGUUCAGGAAUCGAUCUACUGAAGAGAGGCAGGCCAUACUCAAUGGCUUUUGCUCUCCCUGCGAUGUUUUCCAGAGUUUUUCAAGUGGAAAGAGAAGAGCAACAAAAUGAAAACGUAGCGUGUGGGAGAGCCCACCCGAGUCCCGAAAAUUAUUUCGCGCCGAGGUACGCCAUUUCUCCUAGUAUGACAGCUGUCUGAUUAGAAACUCAAGAAUUUGGCUCCUGUGUCUGGAGUUAUAGUGCUGGGGUCUUGUCACUGCCCACAGCUGCUGAGCUGCCAUGGCCUCCGCCUCUCCUUCCACCCCAAUAAUUUCACAGCCCCAGUUCACAGCCAUGAAUGAACCGCAGUGCUUCUACAACGAGUCUAUUGCCUUCUUUUACAACCGGAGUGGAAAGUAUCUGGCCACAGAAUGGAACACAGUCAGCAAACUUGUGAUGGGACUUGGGAUCACUGUGUGCAUCUUCAUCAUGUUAGCCAACCUACUGGUCAUGGUGGCAAUCUAUGUCAACCGUCGUUUCCAUUUUCCUAUUUAUUACUUAAUGGCUAAUCUGGCUGCUGCAGACUUCUUUGCUGGGUUGGCCUACUUCUACCUAAUGUUCAACACAGGGCCCAAUACUAGGAGACUGACCGUCAGCACAUGGCUCCUGCGUCAGGGCCUCAUUGACACCAGCCUCACAGCCUCUGUGGCCAACCUCUUGGCUAUUGCAAUUGAGAGGCACAUCACAGUUUUUCGCAUGCAGCUACACACACGGAUGAGCAACCGGCGGGUGGUGGUGGUGAUUGUAGUCAUCUGGACUAUGGCCAUUGUGAUGGGUGCUAUCCCCAGUGUAGGCUGGAACUGCAUCUGUGAUAUUGAGAAUUGUUCCAACAUGGCACCCCUCUACAGUGACUCCUACUUGGUCUUUUGGGCCAUUUUCAAUUUGGUGACCUUUGUCGUCAUGGUGGUUCUUUAUGCUCAUAUCUUUGGCUAUGUUCGCCAGAGGACGAUGAGGAUGUCUCGGCAUAGUUCUGGACCCCGGCGGAAUAGGGACACCAUGAUGAGUCUUCUGAAGACAGUGGUCAUUGUGCUUGGUGCCUUUAUCAUCUGCUGGACUCCUGGAUUGGUCUUAUUACUCCUCGAUGUGUGCUGUCCACAGUGUAACGUUCUGGCCUAUGAGAAAUUUUUCUUGCUGCUUGCCGAGUUCAACUCCGCCAUGAACCCCAUCAUCUACUCCUACCGGGACAAGGAGAUGAGCGCCACCUUCAGACAGAUUCUCUGCUGCCAGCGCAGCGAAAACACCAGUGGCCCCACAGAAGGUUCGGACCGGUCUGCUUCCUCCCUCAACCACACCAUCUUGGCUGGAGUUCACAGCAAUGACCACUCUGUGGUUUAGAAAGGAAACUUACGACGAGAAGUCAGCCAUUAGUGCUAAAACAUGAAUGAAUAAUCUCCCCUUUCCCAAAAGCCAGGGCAAGGUGGGGUCUGAGAGAGAGGAAAUACAAACUCAUGUACUUAAACACUAACCAAUGGCAGUAUUUGUUGCUAGGCCUGAUACAUAUUACAGUUAGCUUAGGUGUCAACCGUCAUCCUGAUUCCCAUAGGCCUUUUGAAAGUAAAAAGUGGAGAUCUUGCUAUGGAAGUCACAGUAGACUCUGGAGGGUCCAUUAGACUACACUGACUAGACUUCAGAAGAUUUUGUGUGGUUUGGUGCAAGUCAGAAUGAAUGCUGACUAGUUGAACCCACAACUUCAUUUACAUACAGGCUUCCCUUUUUUUAUUAUUGAAGGAUACAUUUCAUUUAAUAAACAUCUUUAUGCCUAUCAGCAUGCUUGUGAUGGAUAAAGAACUAUAGACUGUUUUUAAGCUACCAUAACUCCAUUUUUCCUAAUAUUGGAAAACUAUCAGGAUUAUUGUUUUAGAAAGCAUGCAGGUAAUGUAUGUAUGCACUACACCUAACUUAAAAAAAUAAAAGUGUAUCAAUUAUAAAUCUAGGAAAUAGAAGAACCUCGAUGUUAAAACCAGUAUUGUUUAGGUCAUGAAACAGUGUGCUGAUCACAAUAUUACCUUUUUCUUAAAGUUUUGUAAGUGUAAAACAGGAAAUUUAUGCUCUAAAAGUACAUAUGCUCUAAAAAAUUCAUAGAAAUUGAAGCACAGUAAUAUUUCCCCACAUAUUUAUCAUAUCCAAGUACAUUCUAAUAACCAGUACAUCCGGGGAGUAUUUUUUUUUUAAUAAUAGCCUGUGAUUUCCUGUAUUAUAAAAUAAUAUGUAGUCGUUGUAGAAAACUUGAAAAAAGCAGAAAUGUAUAAGCCAGAAAAAAUACUGAUAUCACAACCCAGAAAUAACUACCGUUAACAGCUUUUCCUCUGUAUGCCUGUCUGUAUAUUACAUACCUUUUUAUAUAAUUGGGGUCAUACUGUAGCCAGUGUUAUAGACAGUUGUUGUUUUUUUUCCACUACAGAAUUGCCAUAUUUGCCUAUGGCAUUGAAGCUUUACAAAAACACAGUUUUAGUGGUUAUGUAAUAUUCCAUUUAAUGGUUACAAUUCAGAUUAUUUAACCAUUCUCAUAUUGUGGACUACUUAGGUUAUUUCUCAGUUUCACUGUUAUAAAUAAUGUUGCAAAUUUUUUUUGUACAUAAAACUUUGUCCAUAUAAUUGAAUAUUUACUUAGGACAUACUCCCAUGAAGGAUUUUUUUUUUUAAUGUGAAGUUUCUUUUUUAUGCUCUUACCUUUUAUAAAAGGGAUUUCCUGCUUUUGCACUGCAUGUUUGGCAGUUGUGAGGAAUGCCAGUUAAAUUACUUUUUUUUUCUGUUUACAAAGGACAUGAAGUGGCUACUUUAGUUGAAUGUUCAAGAUGGAACAGAAACAAUCAACUGUCACUAAUAACAAAGACACCCUAACUAAUUUGUUUCUCAAUCCUAAAUUUCAUUGGAGUGACUGAUUACAUGUUCUUGGUAGCCACAACUGUAAUGGAGAAUUGAAGGAAAAGCAAAAAAAUCAAGUGUGCGGGUGAAUAAAGGAUCUUCCUAUUAAAAAGCUUGGUGCCUUACUACAGCAAGUGGGGUGAGCAUGUCAGUCUGUGACUGGAUACAGUGUAUUUUCUAAGAUCCACCCUGAAGACUUGUCACCAUGUUAAAUGAGGUGGAUUUCAUGCAUUGGCCAGGUUAACUAGUAAUUUCACCAAGUUGUUGUAAUAAGUGUCCCAUGAAAUCCCAGUCAUGAGGCAGGUGUAGGAAAGUCGGGAGUACGUCUAAGAGAAAGAUGCACAGAAGAACAGUUGACUUCCUAGGGAGGAGGAAGUCAAUGCGUGUCAGCAUCGGAGCAGAAGGCAGACUGUCCACAGUGAAAGAGCACAGGACCCUGAGAGCAGAAUGGUAUUUGCACAUACUGUAUGAAAAAUACAGUGUUCUAUAUUGGAAGUGAAGAAAAUGAACUUGGACUUCUCAUGUGCAUAUAUUCUGAAGGAGUUAUGGACCAUUGGGAAUGAAAAUCACUAAUUGGACCUUAAUAAAUCAUUCUCAAUCAGUG